AUGGUCCCCAACAAAGCCGACGUUGUCGUGGUGGGAGCAGGCCUCAGCGGCCUGACAGCCGCCACCGAAGUGCAGCGAGCGGGUCUAUCUUGCGCGGUGCUCGAGGCCAUGGACCGCGUGGGCGGGAAGACUCUCUCAAUUUCCGCUUCGUCUCAAGGUGGUCUCGCCGAACUUGGAGCUGCCUGGCUGAAUGACACGAACCAGUUCUACAUGUACGCUUUGGCCAAGAAAUUCGGGUUCGAACUCGAGAUUCAGCGUCAUAAGGGGUUGAACCUUUUUGAGGAUUCUAAGGGCAAGAUUCACAGCGUUGAAUAUGGGAAGGAGUAUCUGAAUGAUGAGGAGUUUUAUGAAGACCUUGCCAAACAAGCGGACCUAACCCACCUGGUGCAUCCUGAGCUCAGUCAGCAUGCGAUGAAGCACGACAAAAUGUCAUUUGCAGCAUACGCUCGGCAGUUCUCUUCGGACGCAGAGCUCAUCGCCGAUGAUAUAGCCAAGACGCUUCUCGGGGUGCAAGCGAAAGAUAUAAGCGCGUUGUAUAUGUUCAGCUAUACGAAGAGUGGGGCCGGGCUGGAUAAUAUUUUGUCGGACCUGAAGGACGGUGGUCAAUAUAUGCGGAAUCGUCACGGGAACCAAAACUUUUCCGUCCGCCUCGCCAACGACCUGAAACCCGACACCGUUCAUCUUUCCGCGCCCGUCACCAAGAUCGAACAACAUGGCGAAGGGUCUUGCACCGUCACCACACUGACCGGUCAUGAAAUUUCUUGUAAACGAGUUAUCAUCUCCAUUCCCACUUCUCUGUACCAUCGGAUCCAAUUCAUCCCUGCUCUCCCGGAAAAGAAGAAACACCUUAGCGACACCACCGCGCUGGGCUUCUAUGGGAAGGUGAUCGUCGUAUACGAGUAUCCGUGGUGGCGGCAGGCUGGAUUAUCGGGAAUAUUUACCUCAUUUAAUGGUCCGAUAUGCUGUUCCCGAGACACCUGUAUCGUGGAAGAUCAUCAAUACUCCAUAACCUGCAUGAUCACCGCCGAUGCGGGCAAGGACUGGUCCAGACUCCCUCCAAUUGAGAAGCAUAAGUUGACGAUGAAUCAAUUUAAUGCUGCGUUCUCUACUCACGUUAAGAAGAUACCAGAUCCUUUGAACGUGAUUUUGCAUGACUGGUCGGAGGAACCAUGGAUUCGGGGUGCACCGAGUCCUACUAUGCCGCCCGGAUUGAUGACUUCGGAUGCUGGGAAGUCGCUGCGCGAUCCGUUCGGGAGUAUUCAUUUUGCAGGCACCGAGACGGCGAUUAUUUGGAAAGGAUAUAUGGAGGGAGCGGUACGUGCUGGCAUUCGAGGUGCUGGGGAAGUCAUUGAUUUAUUGGUGCCGGAGAGCGAGCGGCGUUAUUUGACGUCUUUUCUCUAG